AUGGCUUAAUAAUAUUAACAAAAAUAACACAAAAAGCAAUAAAAUUAUUUUGACGAAGAAGAAGAAUAACAAUAAGAUGAUGACUUAGAUAAUGAAGAAUACGAAGAAGAUGAUGAUGAUGAUAAUGAUGACAAUGAUGAUGAUGAUGAAUAUGAUGAUGAUUAUGAUAAUUAUUAAUAACAAGAAGAAGAAGAAGAUGAAGAUGAAGAUGAAGAUGAAGAUGAAGAAGAAGAAAACGAAUAAGAAGAUGUUGAAGUUGAAUAGGAAGGGGAAGGAGAAGAAAUUUAAUAAAUAAAUGGAAAUAAAGAUUAUAUAGAAUAAAUUUUUUAACUAAAAGAAGGCAAUUAAGAAAAUAUAGAAUUGCUUUCUUAAUAAUAAUAUAUAGAAUUAUAAAAUUAACGUAGUAUAGUGGAAUAAAUGUGCUAAGAUAUGAUAACAGAAGAAGAAUUUAGGAAUAACAUGGAACAAGAAAUAAAAGAUAAAUUCCGAAAUUUCGCAUUUUUUGAGAAAGAUAAAAAUAAUAAAUAUAAUAAAAGCUUAACUUUUAAAAAAUAUAAAAGAAGUGAUGCAAAUAAAAAAGUCGAAUUAAAAGAAUUAAGGUCUCCUUAUGCAUUAUUAAAAUGUGUAAAUCAUAUGGAGGCAUUAAUAUUAAUUAGAUUAAGAGUUAACUGA